GUGGAGACGGUGGAGAUGGACGUAACGGUGGAGACGACGGUGACUGAGGAGAAGCUGGAGAAGCUGGGGAAGUUGGAGACGGUGGAGAAUCUGAAGAAGUUGGAGACGGUGGAGAAGCUGAAGAAGUUGGAGAAGGUGGAGACGUUGGAGAAGCUGAAGAAGUUGGAGAAGGUGGAGACGUUGGAGAAGCUGAAGAAGUUGGAGAAGGUGGAGACGUUGGUGAAGUCUGAGAUGUUGGAGACGGUGGAGACGAUGGUGAGGUCUGAGACGUUGAAGACGAUGGAGAUGUUGGUGAAGUCUGAGGCGGUGGAGAAGUUGGUGACGGAGGAGACGACAGAGAAGUUGGAGACUGUGGAGACGUUGAAGACGAUGGAGACGUUGGUGAAGUCUGAGGCGGUGGAGAAGUUGGUGACGGAAGAGAUGACAGAGAAGCUGGAGACGUUGGUGGAGUCUGAGGCGGUGGAGACGUUGGAGACCAGACCUACAUCCAGCGCCGCCCCCAGACGGUCACCAGGAACAGCAGAACUUGCCCCCCCUGAACCCUCAGAGCCGCUACGCAGACGACAUGCGGAAGAGCCGUCAGGCUGGGGGGGAGAGCAUCACAUGACCCCCGCCGGAGCGCUGCAGGACGCCUGGCGGCUCCAGCCCCGGCUCCGCCUCUUCAGGCUGCCGCUGCCCCUCCCUCCACACGGGCCUCUCCCCCGUUUCCGCGUGACCCGCGGAGGCACCGAAAACGAGAUCCAGCUGGACGUGGUGAGGAAGAAGUCUCGGCCGAGGAAGAAGUCUCGGGCAAAGGAGGAGUCUCGGGCAAAGGAGGAGUCUCGGCGGAAGGCGAAGUCUCGGCGGAAGGAGGAGUUUCGGUCUAAAGAGCAGUCUCGACUGAAGGAGUUUUGGGUGAAGGCGGAGUCUCGGGGGAAGGAGGAGUUUCGGUCAGAGUCUCAGGUGAAGGAGGAGUCUCGGGUGGAGGAGGAGUUUCGACUGAAGGAGUCUCGGCGGAAGGAGGAGUCUCGGUCUAAAGAGCAGUCUCGACUGAAGGAGUUUUGGGUGAAGGCGGAGUAUCGGCCUAAGGACGAGUCUCGACUGAAGGCGGAAUUUCGGGCGGAGUCUAGGCUGAAAGCAGAGUCUCGGUUGAAGGAGGAGUUUCGGGUGAAGGUGGAGUCUCAGUCUAAGGCGGAGUCUCAUCUGAAGGAGGAGUUUCGGGCAGAGUCUCGUCUGAAGGUGGAGUCUCAGUCUAAGGAGGAGUCUCGGCGGAAGGCGGAAUUUCGGGCAGAGUCUCGGGCGAAAGAGGAGUUUCGGGUGAAGGUGAAGUCUCAGUCUAAGGCGGAGUCUCAGCGGAAGGAGGAGUCUCGGUCUAAAGAGCAGUCUCGACUGAAGGAGUUUUGGGUGAAGGCGGAAUCUCGGCUCAAGGAGUCUCAGGCGGAGUCUCGGGGAAAGGAGUAUCGGCCUAAGGAUGAGUCUCGACUGAAUGCGGAAUUUCGGGCGGAGUCUAGGCUGAAGGCAGAGUCUCAGCCGAGGGAGGAGUCUCGGUCUAAACAGGAGUCUCGGGUGAAGGAAGAGUCUCGACUGAAGGAGUUUCGGGUGAAGGAGGAGUUUCGGGCGGAGUCUCAACUGAAGGCAGAGUCUCGGUUGAAGGAGGAGUUUCGGGUGAAGGUGGAGUCUCAGUCUAAGGCGGAGUCUCAGCGGAAGGAGGAGUCUCGGGGGAAGGAGGAGUUUCGGGCAGAGUCUCAUCUGAAGGAGGAGUUUCGGGCAGAGUCUCGUCUGAAGGUGGAGUCUCAGUCUAAGGAGGAGUCUCGGCGGAAGGCGGAAUUUCGGGCGGAGUCUCGGACAAAGGAGGAGUCUCAUCUGAAGGCGGAGUCUCGGACAAAGGAGUCUUGGGCGGAGUUUUGGGGGAAGGAGGAGUCUCGGCGGAAGGCGGAGUCUCGGCGGAAGACGGAGUCUCAGGCAGAGUCUCGACUGAGGGAGGAGUCUCGACCGAAGGAGGAGUCUCGGGCGGAGUCUCGGGGGAAGGAGGAGUCUCGGCUGAAGGAGUUUCAGGCGAAGUCUCAUUCUAAGGAGGAGUCUCGACCGAAGGAGGAGUUUCGGGCGGAGUCUCGGGGAAAGGAGGAGUCUCGGGUGAAGGAGUCUCAGGUGAAGGCGGACUCUCAGUCUAAGGAGGAGUUUCGGACAAAGGAGGAGUCUCAACUGAAGGCGGAGUCUCGACUGAGGGAGGAGUUUCGGUUGAAGGAGUUUCGGGUGAAGGCGGAGUCUCGGGUGAAGGCGGAGUCUCAGUCUCGCCGCGGCGACCCGGACGACUUCACGUCCCCCCUCUCGUCCCCCGACUCGGACCUGUCGGAGCUGCCGUCCUGCUCCGUGUGCCGGUCCUGGAACGCGUCCCGGAUCUGCUCGGCCUGUGAGCGGAGCUACCACCGCGACUGCCACGCCCCCCCGCUCGGCGGUGACAUCCGGUCAGAGUGGCUCUGUUCGUUGUGCCAGGACCUGUCGGACCCGUCGGACCCCUACAGCUCCGACAGACCCCAGAGUCCCCGUCUGAACCUGCCGGACCAGAGGCGGUGCGAGACCCUCCUGCUGCACCUGAAGGUGGAAGGAGGCCUCCAACUCUCUCGGGCCGGUUCCUGGAGCCGCCUGGUGCUGAUAUCGGAGCGCCUCGCCGACCUCCGGCCUCCCGCCUACCAGAACCCCGCCCAGCUCGUCUCUGACAUCUGGGACCUGUUCAAGGACCCUCCCCGGGUCCGGAUGGAGGGGAACCAGCAGGAGGCGCUGCUGCAGCUGCAGCUUCGUUUCCAGGAAAAGCUGGUGCAGAUCUUCGGUGCAGGGCUGCAUCCGUCCCUCCUGCGGGCCCCGGGGGCCCCGGCCCCCCCGGGCCCUCCACCGGCCCCCGGGGGCCCCGACGGGUCCGAGAGCAGCGAAGAAGAAGAAGAAGAGCAGGGAGCCGGGGAGCCGUUUGGACGGGGAGCAGAGUUCCAGGCCAGACUGAUGGAAGUGAGGAAGAGGCUGAGAGAACUUGUGGAGGACAAGCCGCCGUCUGGUGCCAAGAGGAGGAGGAAGGAGACGGAGACGUAGUAGGAGACGUAGACGGAGACGUAGACGAACCUCAGACGUCUUUAACGACACAUUCAGACGCCUGAGGAGCAGCAGGACCUUCGUUCCUCCAAACCACGGCCUCAACAGUCUCAGGGAAACAGGAAAAAUGGGCUUCCUGGAGGAAUAAAGAGAUUCUUGGUAGAAGCUCCUGAUCCGACGCCGGGAGACGGAACCAGAACCAUGUUGGAGCUGAAGCAGCAUUUCAAGGUCCAGAGACGCAGCUGUGGAUGUUUUCUGGAAGUCGAGACACUAAAACAGGAACUUCUGAUCUGCAGAGACGAGGACGGAGGACUGACCUCGGAUCAGGAACUACCAACAGUUUUCUUGUUCUCAUGUUAAAUAAACGAUCACAGGCUGAAAUGCAGCUAAGAAAGGUUUUGAUUUUAGACCCAAAAGAACCGCUGACGUGGGGACCAAAUCUGAGAAUAAAACUAGAUAAAAGUGUUUACAGAAACAGGACUUUAUUGAUCGGUUACUUUUCUUUUCCUCAUCCUGAACGUCGUGUUUUUUGACUUUUUUUAAUCGCGUUAUUCGUUCUCCUCUGAAGUUCUGGACCGGCACUGAUCCACUUUUACGUCCGGAAGUCGGUGUCGGAUAUUUAUUUCCAUGAACGCAGCUUGAAAAAGUUGAGUGUUCUUUUACUUUGAAAUCCAACGUCUGGUUCUGGUCGUUUACACAGAAAAGGCUUUUUCUACAGGAAAAAUCCAUAUUUAUUUUUUUAUCUGAAUGUGAAGCAGCUGUUGUUUGAAGUUGGUCCCGGUGACCCGAGUCCGUUUACCUGAAUAUUAAACUUGUUUACCUCAUGAAGCUUGAGUUUGAAACACUUAAAUAAAGUAUUUGUGCCUUUCUCGUUCUGUGUGAGCAGAACUGUCCCCGAUCAGAACCACCAUGUUUAUCAUUUGUGUUCUGACUCAGGUUUGUGUUGAUUAUAAAUAAGCUAUUCCUAUUUUUUGCUAAAUAAAUGUAAACG